AUGGAAGCUUCGAGGGGCACCGGCACCCAGUCCAGUGCAUCCUCCCUGAACCGCGGCUCCAAGUCAUCGUCGUCCCCAACCAGGAAGCUGGCCGAAAUGUCCAUCGAAGCUGACGGCUUCACCACCAGGCAUCUCGCGCCAGGCGACCCACGCCAUCCCCACGCCCUCACUCAGAUGGUGGCCAAUAUCUAUCGUUGGUUUAAACACAAGGGCGUCAUUGACGCCUCGUUGUUAGGCGACUUCCCGCCAGACCUUCGCUCACGAGUGCUCCUCGACGACGACGCCUUCAGUCCACCGGUCGGCGACUCGGGGAACCUGGGGAGCACUUUGUAG